AUGGAAUCCCCCCUAACCCAGCAAAGUAGACCGGCGACUUUCAAGCCCAAGAUCGUGCAACUAUACGAGAACCUCUUCCAAGCUUCAGAUUUUACGGAACCAUCUGAAGGAUUUUGGAGAGAGUUCUUUUUGUUGCCGCCUGAUCGGCCUCAACUUGCAUCUAUUCUAGACCAACUAGGUGCCGACGAGACUCUUCAUUUGCAGUCUCAAACACAGCAGCUUUUUGUUCGGGCCAUAAAGGAGGCCGACUCUGGGGUUAGCCCCGUCAAUGCUUAUGCGUUAGAGACCUUGACGGUCUUUCUAGCUUGUGUGUUGAAAAAGAAAUACACCAAUCCUAGCUCUGAUGUGAUCACCAUCCUAGCCGGACUCGAUGAGGUUGACCACGUUAUUUCGAACCUUGUCGCUGUUCUUGAUGGUAUCAUUCGCAAUGGAGGCAGCCUUGAAUUCCGCGUCAAAGCAAUUCGAGCAGCCAUCGCUCUGACCAGUGGAGCCUACAAGACUAGUCUUGUCUCCUACUUCACACAUAGGGAUCUGUUCCCAUCAUUAAUGAAGUUUGUGAAUGAAACGGAUAUCCCUAUCCAGAUAUUCGAGCCAUUUCUUCUUCUUGGGUUAUUGGCGAACUACAACAGGUUCGAGUUUCAAAAUCCCUACCAGCUGCGUCUCGAUGACUUUGUCAACGAGUCGAGUAUUCAAAAAAUCGUCAAGGGAGUGGGUCUUUCCUGCACCGCCUUGAGGAAUGGCUAUAUUGCGGUGCAGGACGAUGCCCCUGAAGGCUGGACGCUGACCAACACUUUGGUCUUCUUCGGACUUGGGAGACUCACUCCAGGUGCAAGAAGUAAGCCUAAUGCGUCGAACGCGGAGGAAGCGAAGGAGAUGUUCGCAGCUCUGCCAGCUCAACAAGCAGCAAUUUUACUACCUACGUACGACUUUGCCAACGCGAAUAAACUCUUUGGUCACCAUCUUAUCAACUCAUCGCCUGAUAAGGAGAGUGAGGAGUCUCCAUUUGCGAGCUUUCUAUCCGUAACCAGUUAUAUAUUGCAGCAUGCCUACCGGACUCCUCGGGUUUCGCACUAUGCAGAGCUCAACCUCUUUACUCUCCGAAUCCUUUCAGAAGACUCAUCGCUAUGUAAGCAGCUCUGCAGCGACACAGAGAAAAGGAAAGUGCGCCUUUGCCGGCAAAGGCAGCCGUAUCUUCCGUUGGUUACAGAGGAGCGAGUUCUUGCAACAGUCAUCUUCGACAUUAUGAUUGAUACGAUUUCUCAUAACCUCCGGCGUCGCCUUGAUGCCAACAUCUAUAGUCACUCCAUCGCCAUUCUCCUUCGACUACUCACUUAUCUUUCGAUGAACAAAAUCCGCUUAUCAUACCAUUGGUCGGAACUCUGGCGCACCUUGCUCUCCCUGAUGCGGUUCCUGACCACCUACGCAUCCGAUCUGUCCAGCAUUCCCAACACCGAAACUCUUGCGACCUCGCUCGUAGACCUGGUGGCAUUCUGUGUCUCCGCAGGCGAUACCUUCCUCCCGGACCCAGCGUCUUACGACGACUUGUUCUACAAGCUGGUCGAAACAGGCCCCAUCAUCACCAAGUUCCGCGACGUCUACUGCCUCAAACACCCCACCUCAUCUACGUCGAAGAUUCCCGAUCCCACAAUAUCCACCAGCAAGGACAUCCACAUCGCCGCUAUCGACACCUUGAUCUCCGUUUCAACCCACUUCUACACUCUCCUCUUCAAUCCAGACAAGAAUGUUGACGCGGGCGCCAAAACGGACGGCGAGGCUACACCGAUCCCGGCGGCUCGGAAGAAAAAUCUUUCACCGCGGGAAGUUCAUCGCAUCAUCAAACAGGGCUAUGAUACGCUGAGUAUUCAACCACCAGAAGGGCUGAGUGCGUGGACGCGAUGGCGCGAAACGGACUGGAAGACGGAGCUGAAGCGGGCGGCAAGAUGCGCAGUUGAGGAUGCUAGACAGUUGGUUGCGUAG